UUUUAGAGGAAAAUGGAAGACCCGGUGGCCGAGUAUACGUCUCGGAUCCAGAGACAGGAAAUGGAAAUAAAAUGUCUGUCGGACGAAAUUGAGAAACUGAAGAACCCAGAGGCGCUGGUCACCUCGUCGCAGCUUGAUGAGCUCAGGGAGGAAAACGCGAAGCUGAAGUAUCGCCUGAAUGUCCUCAAGAGAAGCCUACAGGAGGAGAGGAGCCGGUGCAGCAAAAACAUGACCAACAUCAACCAGCGUCUGCAGGAGAUCUUUGGGGAUGCCAUCCAAGCAGCCUACCCUGACCUGGAGAGCCCACCCCUGUCUGUCGCACCCAAUCAGCAGGCCAAAUUUGGGGAUUACCAAUGUAACAGUGCCAUGGCCAUGGCCCAGAUGAUGAAGUCCAGGGGACUGAAGGUCAGCCCGAGGGAGAUCGCCGAGAGAAUCAUUCAGAACAUUCCCGACAAUGACAUGAUCCAGAAGACAGAGAUUGCUGGACCAGGUUUCAUCAACGUUCACCUCAAGAAGCCCUUUGUGUCAAAGUUAUUGACAAACCUGCUGGUCAAUGGCGUCCAGCCUCCACCGCUGCAGUCCAGGAAGAAGGUGGUGGUGGACUUCUCGUCACCCAACAUAGCUAAAGAGAUGCACGUCGGUCACCUUCGCUCCACCAUCAUCGGGGACAGCAUGUGUCGGCUCUUUGAGUUCCUGGGGUAUGAUGUUUUGAGGUUGAACCACGUGGGUGACUGGGGGACCCAGUUCGGCAUGCUCAUCGCACACCUGCAGGACAAGUUCCCCAAUUACCUCACGGUGUCCCCCCCCAUCGGCGACCUCCAGGCCUUCUACAAGGAAUCCAAGAAGCGAUUCGAUGAGGAUGAGGAAUUCAAGAAGAAGGCUUAUCAGUGUGUGGUGAGGCUGCAAAGCAAGGAGCCGGAGUUCAUCAAGGCCUGGAACCUCAUCUGCGACGUGUCCAGGAUGGAAUUUCAGAAGAUCUACGACUGUUUGGACAUUAAGAUCAUCGAGCGAGGGGAAUCAUAUUACCAGGAUAGGAUGACAGACGUAGUGAAAGAAUUCGAAGAGCGAGGGUUGGUGCAGCUCGAUGAAGGGCGUAAGAUUGUGUUCCCACCGGGUCAGUCCAUCCCCUUGACGGUGGUGAAGUCAGACGGAGGGUACACGUACGACACCUCUGACCUGGCGGCUCUCAAGCAGAGGCUGUUCAGCGAGAAGGCUGACAUCAUCAUCUACGUCACCGACAGCGGCCAGGCGGGCCACUUCCAGGUCAUCUUUGCUGCCGGCCAGAUGAUAGGCUGGUACGACCCCAAGGUGACCCGGGUGGAGCAUGCUGGCUUUGGGGUGGUGCUGGGAGAGGACAAGAAGAAGUUUAAGACGCGGUCUGGCGACACAGUGAGGCUGAUGGACCUGCUGGAUGAAGGCCUGAGGAGGUCCAUGGACAAGCUGAAGGAGAAAGAGAGGGACAAGGUUCUGACCCCCGAUGAGCUGACGAAGGCACAGCGAUCCGUGGCCUUCGGCUGCAUCAAGUAUGCCGACCUGUCUCACAACCGAAUCAACGACUACGUGUUCUCCUUCGACAAGAUGCUGGAUGACCGGGGCAACACAGCCGCGUACCUGCUGUACGCCUAUACCCGGAUCAGGUCCAUCGCGCGCCUGGCCAACAUCGACGAAGAGGCACUUCGGCGGGCGGCGGAGACCACGCAGAUGCUGCUGGACCACGAGAAGGAGUGGAAGCUGGGCAAGUGCAUCCUGCGCUUCCCGGAGAUCCUGCGCAAGAUCCUGGAAGACCUGCUGCUGCACACGUUGUGCGACUAUCUGUACGAGCUGGCCACCACCUUCACGGAGUUCUACGACAGCUGUUACUGCGUGGAGAAAGACCGGCAAACAGGGGAGGUCGUCAAGGUCAACAUGUGGAGGAUGCUGCUGUGUGAGGCCACGGCUGCUGUCAUGGCCAAGGGCUUCGACAUACUCGGCAUCACGCCCGUCCAGAGGAUGUGACCAACCCCCAUGUGGGUCGCAUCAUGUCUUACUGUGGAAAAACCAAAUAAAUGGGACUGGCUGUAAAAAAAAAAAAAAAAAAAAAAAAAACCUUGACUC